UUUCACCUAUAUUAAUAGAGUCCCACCAUCUCUCACCAUUCACACCACACCACAAACCUCCAUACACACACAGAUCCCCAACCCCAGCAGAAACAGAAUGUCAUCCCAACAGAUGAUCGCAAGCCACCGCGAAAACGCAGAAAUCUACACCGGCGAGUCGCUCUGCAAGAAGAAAUCGCGCGAACUCCUGGAGAAGAUCUCUCUCCCCAAAGGUCUCCUACCUCUGGACGACCUCAUCGAGGUCGGCUACAACGAGUCCACUGGCUUCGUCUGGCUCUCUCAGAAGAAGAAAAAGGACCACACUUUCCUCCGCAUCGGCCGCCGCGUCUCCUACGACACCCUUGUCACAGCCUUCGUGGAGGACCGCCGUAUGCGGCGCCUCACGGGGGUCAAGAGCCGUGAACUCAUGAUGUGGAUCAAUAUUUCUGAGAUUUACAUCAACGAUCCUGCUUCUGGGAAGAUCACGUUUGGGACUCCCACUGGGAUUUCCAGAUCUUUCCCUGUCUCCGCGUUUCAGGAGGAGGGUGAGGUUGACAAGUGAUUUGAGGAUUUUUUUUCGAUUUUCUCGGAAAAUUUGGAAACCCUUGAAAUGGAAAGUAUGAAAAUCUGACUCUCUUUAAUGUUAUGUGAUUUUUUUGGGUUGAACGAAUUUUCAUCAGUAUUUUAGGAAUUUUUGUUUUUGUGUGUUCUUGGUGUUUGUGCUUUGUUUGGUGGGAAUGUUUUGCCAUUUUGACCCUUUUUUGGGAAAUGAGGUAAGUUCUGUUUGGUUAGUGUGAUAUGUGGGUGAUUAUUUUGGAGUA